AUGGCCGGCCUCCUCUCAGCUCUUCGCCAGCGUUUUGUCGACUGCGGCUGCUUCCAGUUUGCAGCGCCGCGCUUGCCGGAUGAGGCGCCGGCCCCUCCGCCCAAGGUGCGGCUGCCACUUCCCCUGAGUGUGGGCUUCGCAGUGGUCACUCUGAAGGAGACAGAGGAGGUGCCCAAGCUGGAGCUGCGCAUCACGGCGGCCGAGGACCAGGACGUCACUGAUGACGGGCUCACGGCCAUGCUGGAUUACAUGGACUUCGUCCUUGACCUUCCCCAAGCCUCAUCGGGUGAGGGCUUCCAGAUCUCCUUUGAGCAGAUGGCAUUUCUCGGCCCAUCGCACUCGGACAUCCUCAAGCAGGUGAUCUGCUGGAGCUGUGAGCCGGGCCGCUCCUCGAAGUUCGCUGAACGCUGCAAGCGCUGGAAGAUCCUCUGCCCGGCCGCCACCUUUUUUCAGGUGGACCGCUACCUUCUCCAGGCGGGCUUUGCUUUCUACCCGCCGCCUUGCCCGACCUACCUCCUCACCGACGAGCACCCGAGCAUCGAGGAGGGCAACCCGGACAUGAAGAUCUUCGAGCCCAACCAGGAGAUCCAGAAGUUCGCGCGCUUGGAGGAGGACCUGCAACAAGAGGUCGCCACCCACAAGGACAUGGAGGGCCAUGUGCACCUCCCCACGGCGGACAAUGGCAGCAGGGUCUCCAAGUACAAGGACGGGCGCAUCCCGGCCAGCUUGAAUGUGGGCUUCGCCAUCGUCAGCCAGGGCUUCGAUGGGAAGGAGGGCUACCUCCGGAUCCAGGGCUUAGAAGGAGACCUGGACAUGGAUGGCCUGCACGAGAUGAUGGACUUCAUGGAUGCCUUCACGCUGUCGCCCAGCGCCGAGCGAGGCUUCUCCAUCAUGUACGACAUGCGCACGCUGCGUGCGCCAUCGAUGCAGAUGGUGACCACUGUGGCGGAAUGGGGCGCGCAUCCUGUUCGACAGAAGCGAUGGGAGCAGCUGAACACCUCGUGCAAGGUGAUCAUCAGCGCAGGGCUGCGGUUCACCCUUGCAAAGGGGAUCCUUGCAACCUUCUUCCUCCUGUGCCCGCCCGUCACCCGGACGUAUCUGAUGGAUGACCCAGACCAGCCGCUGGAGCGAGCCGUGCUCUUUGAGCCCUGA